AUGAAUCCCCACUGCAUCAGUCUCCCCGACUACGACAUUGCACAACGUCGGGGUGUACUCCCAGUCUCUCAGGCCGAAGAUGUUGUGCACACGUCUGACUUCUGCCAAGACCUGUAUUACCCUGAAUAUUCACCGCUGUACAACAGCGGGUCUGUUGACUCAUUCCAGCCUUUCUUUUUUGGCUUCCACGGCGCGGCUCAGGAAGUUCCUGUUCCUUCUAUCACUCCAUACACCCGGGUACCAGGCAUGAGUUCGAGCGAGUCGCAGUCACACUUUCCAUCGCGGAAAGGUUACUGCGGUCAGGCAUCUGGGCCUUUCUCAGCGCUCCAGGACACCCCGUUCUCGCCUUUACAUGCACCGCUUUCCACUUCCUCCCGAGCACACGUGUCCCAUUUCACUUAUUCACCUGGCGGCGCCCACACCACGUCACCGUUCGGUCCUCGGACUUCACAUGCAGUUCAGCUAGAUGCUACCAAUUCGUCCUCCUUGCACCUUGCUCCCGGAUCAAUCACGGGGACGUCUAUUCUAGUUUUAGGCUUCGAGACAACCGCCAAACACAACGGAUUCAACGCGCUAGGCACGGAGCCCAUGUCCUCCGCCGGCGCAAAGCGCGCCGAGUACCAAGGCUCUCCUUACUCCUGUACAGCCAUUUGCAUACCCCCAAAUUAUCCCGCGCCCUCCGCCAAAGUUAAACGCAUCACCCGUCGCAUGAAUGAAGUUGUCUUUACCGGCGCAAUCCCCGAGCCGAAGACAACGGGCCCGGACGCAUGGCGCUGCAUGCAUUGCGACUACGUUCAGGAAAGCAAGUUUCUUAACAACCUGAAGCGCCACAUCGCAGCGCACUACCCACUCUCCGUAGUCUGCAAGGGUGUACCCCUCAAAGAUGCACCGCAGUACAGUGUCAUCGACACCGGCGACGUCAUGGAGUGGGAUGGUGAGCUCCGAGUCGGUGGCUGCUUCUCAGGCUUCAGCCGUCGCGACGCACUCUUGCGCCAUCUAGGCAACCCGAAUGUAUCCUGCGUGGGCGAGACUGGCGUGACUACACGCUUGCGAAAGUCGAGCGCCCGCGAGUGA